AUGUUGACUUCCUCAAGCUUGAACUCCGAUCAUUUCUUGAGCCCCCAGAAAGUCUUCCUCGGCUCAAACUCGUCUAGUUCUUCCCCAUCUUCUCACCCAAACUACAAGCUAUCAUCAGCAUCUUCAUCAGCUCGUCAAUUUUUCGACUCGAGCACUUCCAAUGAUACCACGACACUUGCUUCGGCUGAUUUUGAUGUCGAUGUCCGAUCUGGCUUCUUAUCUCCUUCAGCUCCUCUAAAAAGAAUAACCAAUCCAGUCUAUCAGCCGUGGGAAGACGCUCUAGAGACAAUCAGCAAGUCAAUAUCUCAAACCGCCGAUCCAGCGACAAAACUUGUCGAAGUUGAGAAAUGGAAGAAAUUCAUCGCUUCCGAACUGCCGGUCUUGACUAUUGAUCCUCUAAUAGACGAUAUCGUGGAAAUGCGCAGAGCUCGCCUUGUCCUGGCGUUCUUGACCCACGCUUUUGUCCAUUCUAUAUCCUCCAAUGAGCACUCUGUCCAUGAGGCGAAAACCCUCAUCCCUCUUUCUUUGGCCGUCCCAUUCUCUGCAAUCAGUCUAGCUUUGGAUAUGCCUCCUGUUCUGACUUAUGCGGACACAGUUCUAUAUAACUGGUCAUUUAAAGAACCUAAACUCGGAUUUACAGCUGAGAAUCUUGAAAUACCAACAACGUUCACACAGACGGACUCCGAAAGACAUUUCUAUAAGACCUCAGUACUGGUGGAAGCUCUCGGGCCAGAAUGUUUGAAGUUGAUGCGAUCAUCCUUGGAUGAAGCAUUCAUGGAAGAUGAAACUUCAGUGAAGCGAAUCGGAAACAAUUUAGGAAGACUGGCGAAACAAAUCGAUCGCAUAUCAAAGGUUUUAAGUGACGUCCGAGUCGGAUGUGAUCCGCGAACGUUUUACUGGGAGAUCAGGCCUUGGUUUAUCGGUGGGCGAUGGAGAUGGGAAGGCGUUGAACCUGAUGGAUCAAACAAAGAGAGGACUGAAAAAGAAGCCGAAGAAUCAUCAGAAGAAAAUCAAUGGAAAGUAACUGAGUUUGGAGGCCCAAGUGCUGGACAAAGCACUUUGAUUCAUGCAAUCGAUGUCUUCCUGGGAGUCGACCACGAGCCCAAUCAGCAGGAGAUUUCAAGCGGAAUCCAUGAUGAAGAAACUUUUAUGAAGCGGAUGUCAACAUAUAUGCCCCAUCAUCAUCGCCUCUUCCUCGCUCAGCUAUCUCGCUCGUGUUUGACCAAGCGCGGUCAACCCAACUUGAUCCGAUCGAUCGUGAUCAAUCAUCAGGAUCAGAAAUUCAAAUCAGGCCCAAAUAACUUGAAGGAAAACUAUAACUUCUGCAUCCAAUCCUUAGAAAAUUUGAGAAAGACCCAUACUCAAAUCGUGUCUCUAUUCAUUAUCUGUCAGAAGAACUCUUCGCCUCCAACUCAUGUAUCAGCCUUGGGUUCAGCUGAAAGUAUCAAUCCAACAUCCACUCAGCUUAAUAAACCAAUCCACCGCGAUGAGCCGCGCAACGGAAAGCUCCAAGACCGUACCAAGCGGACGGAGAACACAGAAGAGAAAGAAAGCUCGCCUAUUUUACUUGGAGAACGCCGUGCAGACAAUCAUUCUCCGGCGAUGGCUUCCAUGGAGCAACUCGCGUCGAUUGCAGAAGGGGAUACAAGCAUUCUGAAAGGCACGGGUGGUACUGACUUGUCGAAAUUCUUAAAGCGGUGUAAACUGCGGACCACUCAAGCCCUCCUCGAUUGA